AUGAGGUCUUGCGUUAUCUUCAUUUCUUGCAUAUUGGUCCUUUUCUUGUCAUUUUAUCAAGGCAUUUUCAACUCCAUUUUUAACUCCAUUUUCACGCGCAACAACAACAACAACAAUUCCGGAACCUCCUCCCCACCACCAACAAAUAUGAGUGCCAUUACAGCAAUUAGAUUCAACGCAACAAAAACACCCGCUAAGGCAGCAAUUAUCUUUCUUCACGGCCUUGGUGAUACUGGUGAAGGUUGGUCAUGGUUGCCACAACUCAUCAACCAAACUGAUUUAAUACCCGAUGCGCAAUCAAUUAAUUAUGUAUUCCCAAAUGCACCUCAAAUACCAAUCACAGUCAAUGGGGGUAUGAGGAUGCCUGGUUGGUUUGAUAUUUAUGAGUUUGGUAAUCCCAAUGCUAGACAAGAUAUCAAUGGAUUCUUCAAGAGUUGUGAUGUAUUAAAGAGCUUAAUACAAGAACAAAUCGACAAAUACAACAUUCCCGCCAAUAAAAUCAUCAUUGGUGGAUUUAGUCAAGGUGCAGCAAUCUCAUUAGCAACUGUAUCAUUAUUGAACUUCAAAAUUGGUGGUGUUGUUGCCCUUUCUGGAUUCUGCGCCGUUAGUGAAGAGUUGGAGAAACGAUUGGUUAAAGAUGUAAACUUUGAUACUCCAAUUUUUCAAGGUCACGGAACUGCUGACCCCAUUAUUGCUUAUGAUUUUGGAAAGAGAACUAGUGAACUUUAUCAUAGAUUGGGAUACAAAAAAAUACAAUUCAAUACAUAUCCUGGAGUAGCUCAUAGUGCUAGUGAGGAAGAGUUGAUUGACGUUGUGAAGUUUAUAAAAGAUGUUUUAGGAUAG